UUUCAAAGCAAUAAUGGAAGUUUCAUCCUUGAGCUCAACCUUAUUUCCCAAUAGGCCCUCUCAUGGCUUUAAUCCUUUCUCAAAAAAGUGGCAAAGCCAAAGGCUGAUUCCGGCUCAAUAUGUUUCAUGCAAAGCAAGAAAGCUAGCUAUUGAGGUCAAAGAGAUAACCACUGAAAACUUUUACAAGAUGCUAUCGUUGAAUCCGAAGAGUGCAACCAAUGAAGAAAUAAAGAAGGCGUAUAGGUCGAUGGCACUUCAGUACCACCCAGACGUGUGCCUAGAUCCUUUAAGGAAGGAGAAGUGUACGAGGAUGUUUGUGCAGCUCCAUGCAGCUUACGAGACAUUAUCGGACCCGGUACUCCGACAAGAGUAUGAUUAUGAACUCGGCUUGAUUACAAGCAAGAGGAAUAAUAGUAAGAAUGUUAAUGGUGGAGGUGAAAGAUGGAGAAGAAGGUGGGAACAGCAAGUGGUUGAGUUGAAGAGAAGGUCUGAUACAAGGAUGGCUCAAAAGGAAAAUUCAUCAUGGGGUAGUAGAAUUAGGGCUCAAAAUAUGAAAAAUGAUAAAUAAUGAAUCAUCAAUUCAUUGAUUAAUUGUGUGUGUGUGUGUGUGUGUGUGUAAUUAAGAAUUUUUCUGUCAUAUGUUUUUAAUUUGAUGUCAACUUUUUGUGCUAAUUAAUUAUAUACAUUCUUGGGACAUGAUUCUUUCAGCAUGUAAGCAUAAUUCUCUGUUGAAAUCAAACACAUGUAUAUUUAAAAUGUUUUUAGAGGCUAUUUUGUGUAAAUAAUAUUACGAG